GCUCCUCUGAAUAGAGUAGUGUCCCAUGUUGGAAAUCUCGAACGCAGUUGCUGUCUGUAUCAAAGAAAUCUCAGGAAAUAGUUACCGACACCAAAUUUGAAAAUGGCUAGGAACAGCGAGAAGGCAAUGACCACUCUGGCACGAUGGCGAGCUUCACAAGUGGGAGGCCUUAAAGAAAAGGAACGACGACCAUACCUAGCCUCAGACUGUGAUGACUUACAUCAAGCUGAAAAAUGGAGGCGCCAGAUUUUAGGAGAAAUAUCAAGAAAAGUUGCACAAAUUCAAAAUGCUGGUCUUGGAGAAUUCAAACUACGUGAUUUAAAUGAUGAAAUCAACAAACUGCUGAGAGAAAAAGGUCACUGGGAAGACAGAAUCUUGGAACUUGGAGGCCCAGACUACAAGAAAACAGGUCCUAAGAUGUUAGAUGCUGAUGGAAAGGAAGUACCAGGAAACAAAGGCUACAAAUACUUUGGGGCAGCAAAGGAUUUGCCUGGUGUGAGAGAACUAUUUCAACAAGAACCUCCUGCAGCAUCCCGCAAAACAAGAGCAGAGUUAAUGAAGGACAUUGAUGCUGACUACUAUGGUUAUAGAGAUGAGGAUGAUGGACGAAUUAUUCCGGCAGAGCAAGAAGUGGAGAAAACAGUCAUUGCAAAGAAAGUAGCUGAAUGGAAAGAAAGAGUAGCAAAGAUAGCUAAAGGUGAAAUAAGUCAAGAUAUUGACAUGGAUGCUGAAGAAGAAAUUUAUCACCCUGAGGAGAUGGAUCUGGAGGAAACAAUAGAGACAAAAAGUGAAGAGACUGAGAAAGAACACUUCAUUGCACAUGUGCCUGUUCCAUCCCAGCAAGAGAUUGAGGCAGCCAUAGUGAGAAGGAAGAAAAUGGAGUUGAUCCAGAGGUACGCCACUGACACACUGUUGGAGGAGGAAGACAGUAUCAGAAAGAUGCUAGGCGUAUGACCUUCCAUCUGUUGUUGUGUCAAAGGACAGACAGGCCUAUGCUGCUGCUUGCACUGGCAGGCACUGUUACAUAUUGUGCUGGGAAACACUCCAGCUUGGUUGCAUGCAGUCUGGAGUUACGAUGGUGAUUGCUUCAGAAUAUUUCAUGUGUCUGGCAGAGUGUAGAACACUGGGCUAGUGCUGACAGCUACACCGUCGCCUCUUUCUUGUAAAAGCAAAAGCCAAAUGCAAAGUAUACCGGGUGCAGGUGUGUCAGUUGUCCAAGUGUUUUCAUCAUACUUGUUUGUGGAACUUGUAAACUAUAGAAAGGGUCUUGGGCUGAAAUUUUUCCUGGUUUCUUUGAUCAGUCACUGACAUUGAUUGAAGUAGCUGUUCAUGGAUGUCAUAGGCAGCUUAAUACUUUCCAUAUUAUAAACACUUGUUGUGGACGAUUAAGCUGUUAAGAAAAUAUUUUUGUAUAAAAUCAUUUUUAUUUUCCUCUUAUGGCUUUACUUGAUUUUCAUAUUGCGUUUGUUAUCUGUGCAUAUGAAGCCUAAAAACAAUAAUAGCAUUUGGCAUAUGAAUAGUUUGGUUUCUCUACGUAUAUGCAAAAUUUCAUGCACACAUUUUUCUGAGCAGCUGAAUUGCAGAUGGCACAUAUGAUUUCAGGCGUCUGUAGCUUUUAGAUGUUGGCACAGAAUAAUGCUUACCUGAGCUUAAUAAUACAAAUUCUCUCAUUAGUACAUGUUCAGGUAUUGACAAAAUGCAUGAAGCUUUCCUUACUAUUUGUUGGUUACAGAAAGAAGCUAAAUCCCUAUUUUUGAUACCAAUGAUCUUAGAACAGACGUUGACAGUACUGUUUAGACUGCUGCUAUCAUGGACAGAGAUAUUGCAAAACCAGCAUACAAAUAAAAAGGAUAAAAGACUGUCAAUAAACGACUGGUAGAAAUGGCUUAAGAUUGCCUGACUAAGUGAAAAACUAUUAAGCUUAUGAAGAAGGUUCUUUGCUGGCCACGUUUAACAAUGUGUUCGGUGUUUAAAUUCCAUUUGAGCUGGCAACCAAAAAGAGUUCCCAGGUACCUGAAAGAAUUAACAAUUUCAACAGGUUUAUUGUGUAUCACACUGGGCGCAACCAGAGACGUUAGAACCCGUCUCUGGCGCAAAGUCCUCUUUGAUUCUCCUAAUGUCUAUAUCUAGUUCUCUUGUUUGUCUACAUUUUACUCCCGAAAGUUCUCGUCAUACCACUUUACAAAAUUUGUUAAGGCAUUACCAUGAUCUUUCUUAUGUUCCUGCAAAAGUAUAUAUCAGCCACUUCUGCCAGUUCAGGCUCACUUUGAAUUCAAGAUGUCCAUACUUUGCUGUCAUGUUGUCCACGACUGUCUGACCUAUUGUCGCCCUGCCAGGUAGGUCAGUUCACUCUCCCCACCCUAGUUUUCUCAUGGUCCCACCUAUCAGAUUGCAAAAAUAUGGUCGUUGCUCAUUCUCUGGCCAUAGCAUUUAGAAUGUUCUGCCACUACCUGCAGAGACGGAGCCCUACAUGCUUUCCUGUCUGGACGUGGACCUGUCUCUUUAAAAAAUACCGACUGUUAUCAGCCUGUCCUGACAGUUCCUUUCUCUAUCAUACCCUUUCUUGGCGACUCGUUGACAGGUGUACUUUGAGGUCGUCCUCCAGAAUCCAGAUCCACCAGGCUCCAACUUUUUGAUGGUGAUCUUGCUAGGCGGAGUUCUCCCUCCAAAUUUCUUCCGAUAUUCUCUGUGACACUGUUACUGACCCGGUGACCCAGUAGGUCUUCACAAUGAACACAACAUCACCAAAUAUAUGUGGUACGGUAUAUUUCCUGCUUGCUUUCGCCACUCUGCAGAGUCUCGAAGAUAGCCCUACACUUACGGCUCUCUGUACGACACUCGCCCAGGGCUCCGCGUAGGCUGCCUCUGCUUGCCAGUGCUUUUGUGUAAAAGAAAGGAACACGCGUGAUGUGCGUUAUAGAUGUUAAUUUGUCACCAAAAUCGUUCUUUACUGAUCGAUUGACAUUGUAGUUCGACUGCUAAAUGAUUUGACUGUAUAUAUGCUUGCGAAUUUAAAUUUGUUGAAUCCUUCGACAGACGAUUACUGCUGGUAAUAUGUAAGCAUGGAUUUAUUGUUUAAAUUUUCAGUUUAAGAAAAUACAGUUAAGCCGAAACUUUUAA